CAGCGAGAACAGACUUCCCCCUCUCCAUCUGGCUCCCUGCAGGAGAAAAAUUCUCGAGAUUUUCCAGCAGGAGGGCCAGUGGCUGUUCUAGCUGCUCGCUCCAGAAAUCAGAAACAUCGGGGAAGGCAAUCUUAUUUUCCUACCAGGAAAGCCCCUUCCCCGCCCUCCGUUAACUAAUUAGAAAAUUUCCAGGGACAUUGCCAUCGCGAGUCGCAUCAUUUUUCUUGAAGACAUUCCAUUAUUGUUCUACCGACCUUUCCCUCAUUCCCGAGUCCUCUGGAGUUGAGUUAUGUCAACAGCUGCCUUAAUUACUUUGGUCAGAAGUGGCGGGAACCACGUGAGGAGGAGAGUGCUGCUGAGCUCCCGCCUUCUGCAGGACGACCGGCGGGUGACGCCCACGUGCCACAGCUCCACUUCAGAGUCUAGGUGUUCGCGGUUUGACCCAGAUGGCAGUGGGCGUCCAGCCACCUGGGACAAUUUUGGGAUCUGGGAUAACCGCAUUGAUGAGCCGAUUCUGCUGCCGCCCAGCAUUAAGUAUGGCAAGCCGAUUCCCAAAAUCAGCUUGGAAAAUGUAGGCUGCGCCUCGCAUAUUGGCAGGCGGAAAGAGAACGAAGACCGGUUUGACAGCGCUCAGCUGACCGAUGAGGUCCUGUACUUUGCUGUGUACGAUGGACACGGAGGACCUGCCGCUGCUGAUUUCUGUCACACCCACAUGGAGAAAUGCAUCAUGGAUUUGCUUCCUAAGGAGAAGAACUUGGAAACUGUGUUGACCUUGGCUUUUCUAGAAAUAGAUAAAGCCUUUGCAAGGCAUGCCCACCUGUCUGCUGAUGCAACCCUUCUGACCUCUGGGACCACUGCAACGGUAGCCCUGUUGAGAGAUGGUAUUGAGCUGGUUGUAGCCAGUGUUGGGGACAGCAGGGCUAUUUUGUGUAGAAAAGGAAAAUCCAUGAAGCUGACCAUUGACCAUACUCCAGAAAGAAAAGAUGAAAAAGAAAGGAUCAAGAAAUGUGGUGGCUUUGUGGCUUGGAAUAGUUUGGGACAGCCUCAUGUGAAUGGCAGACUUGCAAUGACAAGGAGUCUUGGAGAUUUGGAUCUUAAAACCAGUGGUGUGAUAGCAGAACCAGAAACAAAGAGGGUCAAGCUCCAUCACGCUGAUGACAGCUUCCUGGUCCUCACUACAGAUGGAAUUAACUUCAUGGUGAACAGUCAAGAGAUUUGUGACUUUGUCAGUCAGUGCCAUGAUCCCAACGAAGCAGCCCAUGCAGUGAUUGAACAGGCAAUACAGUUUGGUACUGAAGAUAACAGUACUGCAGUAGUAGUGCCUUUUGGUGCCUGGGGGAAAUACAAAAGCUCUAAAAUCAACUUCUCAUUCAGCAGAAGCUUUGCCUCCAGUGGACGAUGGGCGUGACUGCUUGCUGGGACUUUGAAUUUCUGGGAAACGGUUUUUCACUGAGUAUGUCAAGACGGUUUUUCACUGAGUAUGUCAAGAAACUUACUAGAUCAAACAAGUCAGCUGUGCCAGGCAGGAUGCCUCUGUGACUCACUAGAUCAGUACACAAGUCAGUGUAAACUAAGUAACCAUUUACAUAGUAGUUUUUCAUUAAUAACUCAUAUUUAUGUUCAACUGUAUGUACUCAGUAUAAAUAUAUGUGUAAUUCAACUGUGGUGAAUCUUUAAGUUGAGUGAGCAAAUGAAAAGUGGUUCUGACGCACUUGCUGAAUGUUAAAUUUCUAAUUUUUAGAACUCUUAGGCAGCUACGAGUUUCGUCUGAUCAUUUCUGUUCUUUCUUCAUUUGAACAGAUUCUUGCCUUCAAGUUCUUCAAAACUAGUAGAUAUUUUGACGGCUCUGCAAUGUGUUAGCUGCAAGUGUUUAUUUUCAAUAGUUCUACCAAGGAGUAAGUGUGAAAACAGAGUUCUGUGUGACUAUAUUUUGUAUUCUGGACCACUUGCUGGUAAAUUUCACAAUGCAAAAGACAUUAAUUCAGAUAAUAUGGCGCUGCUAAAUUGUAUGCAUAUUUACAACAGUGCAGUUAUGAAUGUCAGCUGUGUCACUUAGUCUUCCCCCUUCCCCCCCAACCCCCUUCAUUGCCUCUUUUUCUGUAGCUAAGAAUGUUAUAUAGAUACAUAGACUACUUCUUUAUAUCAGAAGAGUAUGCACAGGCCGAAUCUUUUGGUCAAAGCCAUACAAACUUAAAUACUGAUGGUAUCCAGUAUUUUGUAUGAAGUUUCCAUUUGUUAUCUUUAACUCUGUGUUUUGUGUUUUAUAUGUAGUAUGUUUAUAUCACCUUUUGUAUAGAAUAAGCAAGUUGGAUAAUUUGUCAGUAAAAAUAAUACCACAUUGUCUGAUAAUAUGAGAGAGAUAGUGUGAGGCUUAUGUCUCCUUUUUGCUUCUUUCUAAGAUUCAAAGCAAAGAAUAAAUCUAAAACGUUAAAGCAUUCUAUAUUUCAGCUUGCUAAUGUAAUUUAGGAAUGUAAAACUCUACUUUAUAUCUGCAUGUAAGUUUGCUGUUAAAAUGUGAAUCUCUACAUGCGUGUUUGAAAUUAUAUCUGCAGUUUAUUUUGCAGACCAUGUAAGUUUGUUAUAUGUGUGGGGGUAUGUACAUAUGUAAAUUUUGGAGUAAUAGAGAAUUAAAGGGAACAAUCCUGCAUAGCUCUUUCACCAGUGAGAUUUAAAUUAUUAAUAUGUUUAUCGCAAGGGCUCUUGACAGACGGAGGACAGCUUUAUAGUGGAGAACAAAUGGUUAUUGGCAGGUGAAGAAAUAGAUUGAAAAUGGCAGAGACAUUUUAUGGCAGGUAAAUUAUGCAGAAAA